AUGAUGGAGAAUAAUUAUCACAAGUCUAUUGACAAUGCAGCUGUUGCAGAGUUAACUUCAUUCCUGUCGACAGAAACAGUACCAUGGGACAGCAUUAGCGUCAGCAAUAAGAACAUCCUCCUGAAUGCAGGCCAGUGCUCUGAAGAACAUGUUCUGAAAUGCACAUUCAAGGCCUGUGAUCCAGAACAAACAGGAAAGGUGUCUGUUUUCCGAAUCAUUGAAUACUUACAGGAGAUGACAGGGCAUAGCUGUGAAGACUGGAGGUUUCGGUCUCUGUAUAAAAGAUUGGACCCUGAAGAGAUGGGGGUUGCUGUUGAUUUUUCUACCUUUCAUUCAGUCAUGAAAGAUUGGAUUGCAGACUGUCGACAGGAAGGAGAAGAAGCUGCUGACCUGACAAACAGCAUCAAUGACCUGCAGCAUGACAACAAGCAGCUAGUAGUGCGGAAUAUUAAGCUACAGAGGACUAUUGAGACUGCAGAAGAGCUCAACUCAAGACUCUCUGAAGAGAUCUCUGACCUGAAAGGAAAGCUGAAAACUCUUUUUUACAGUACCCAGCAAGCCUUAGAACAAGCCAGGGUUAUGGCAAAUGAAUUAGAAGAUUUGAAAGUUUUUUCAAAAAGUCUAGAAGAGGAAAAUAGUAAACUGCAAACACAAGCACGACUGCUGGAGAAAGAGCAGCAGUUCCUCUCUAUUCAAGUGGAUAAUCUGCAGGAAGAGAACAAGAAGCUGCUUCUGGAAAAAGAAAGCACUAAGUGUAAAAUCAAAGAGCUAUUUACACAAAAGGAUAAAAUGAAGUCCCAGCUGUAUGAGUAUGAAAAUCUUAUAUCCUGCAAAGAUGCUGCCCUUAAUGAGAAAGCAAAACGAACAGAAGAGCUCACAGUGACCCUUGAUGAAUACCGAAUGGUGGUACAGGAACUCAAAGUGGAAGUCAGCAAGCUUCAAGACCACCUGGGUCAGACCUGUCAACAUCUAGAUAUGCUACCAAGAGAUUCCCUACAAAGUGUAAAGGCUUGUUUAAAGGCUUCUGCACAGCCACUCUGUUCAGAGAUUCAAGAAUCACGGAAUGGGUUCAGUGAAGAGGCUGACCUGCCUAGUCCUUUGUGUGGGGUAUUGCCAACUUUGAAGACAAAUCCAGUGACUGCAAGGGACACCAAAACUUUGACAGAAGAACUGGUAUUAGACAUAUCAGGGACAGAAGAUAUCAAAGCACUGCUGCAGAGAGCACAUAGUUCGUCUUACCUGGAUUUUGUAACAGAUGUUCCACUAAUGAAGAAUCAGGAAUGCAACCAACCGCUACAUUUUCCAUCAGAAAAGGUGGUAAGAAGCUCUGAAGGAGUCUUCCGACAACAAGCUUUAGCCCCAGUGUUCAGUGAAUUAAUCCCAGCCAUUGGAAAGAAGCAGCAUGACAAUUUAUUUGAAAUCCUAUUUCACAGGUUCUUUGGUGUCCCUUUAGGCUGCCUGCUAAUACAAGUUCUGCAGCAACUGCUAAUUUCUGGGCUCCUGCUUGCUUGUGUUUCACUGCUGGCAAUGUUCUGCUUCAUCCUGCCCUACAGCCAGCAUCCUGUCUGGACUGAACUAAAAGGAAGCACUUGGCCUUUUUUGCAGUUACAGUACCUACAGCCACCACCUGUGUAA